AUGGCAUGGCCUUCCAUCUUAGAGAAUCGAUUACUUCGCAGCUUGAGAGUUGGGUACUACUACUACUACUACUACUACUACUACUACUACUACUACUACUACUACUACUACUAUAAGUCUCUCGAACUAAAAUCGAAGUACUCCCAGCGCCAAGGUAAUAGGUCCGCGACAGUAAUGCUUGCACGUCUAGUAACUAGCAUCGGAAGACGCACGAAUUUCACACCUCGCGCAUAA